AUGUUUCGCUGGUUUCGUAACGUUGGAGUGUUUUUGAAGAAGCCACGUGGCGCCGCGCGGAAUUCGUUGCACAGUGAGAGACGGGUGGAAGAAAGGAGUCAGGGUGGAAAAGGAGGUGGCGGAGGCGGACAUGGCGGAGGUGGACAUGGCGGAGGGGGACAUGGCGGAGGGGGACAUGGCGGAGGAGGUCGUGGCGGAGGUGGACAUAGUUCAGGCCACGGUGGCGGAAGAUCUGGAUCAAAUUAUUCUAGUGGAACUGGCAGAAGUGUAACAAGUUCUUCUUGUAAGUUAGCUAAAAUAUAUCAUAAGCUUCUUCUCAAGCUACAGCAUGAACUACAGUAUAAAAAAUCGAAUUCAUUUUUUUCAGUUGGCUCUCGCGCUUCAUCCAAUGUGUCUAGAAGUUCUGGAACAACGGGAAGAUCAACAGGAUCUGGAAGUUCGUAUGGUGGAACUACAAGAUCUUCUGCACCAGCUUCGACUAGAUCAGCUGGAAGAUCUACCAGAUCAACAAGAGCCACCGGGAAGUCGACUAAAUCAACAAAAUCUGGAAGUUCCUAUGGUGGAACUACAAGAUCUUCUGCACCACCUUCGACUAGAUCAGUUGGAAGAUCUACCAGAUCAACAAGAGCCGGGAAGUCAACGAGAUCAACUGCAAGAUCGAGAAAGUCUACAAAGUCAUCUAGCCAAGCUGCAACAUCGACAAGAUCAACUGGAAGAUCAAGCUAUGGUAGAAGCACAAGAUCAUCUAGGCAAGCUAGAUCUAUGGGAACUUCCACAAAAUCCAGGAAGGCUAGAAAUUCUACAAAUUCUACCGGAUCUUCGAGUCAAGCUUCGAUGUCAACUGGGUCUUCAAGCCAAGCUCCAACCACAACGAGAUCUUCUAGUCUUGAACCAACUUCUACAAGAUCUACUGGAAGAUCGGCGACAAGAUCUAGAGGAUGCAUGAGAAAUCGUAGUCCAAGCCCAAAUCCCAGAUCUGUCUCGCAACGCAGGGAACGCGGAAGAGACCGCACGCAACGAAACAAUGUGAAUGCGGAAACUACUCGACUUAGCCCAACUAACGUAAGCUGACUUGACCUACAGUACUCUUCCCCCCAAAAAACAUAGAUGUUUUUCAGAGAUCCGGUAAACUUGAUCGUAGCCGUUCUAGAAGUCACGAAAAGAAUUUCCAAGAUCGUAUGAAUAAUGCAAAUCACAAUGUUUGGAAUGAAAAAAUUCCCAAAGGAACUCAUGUGAUUUAUACAGAUGGAUCUUAUUUGAGAAGAGAAGGAAAAUCUGGAAUCGGAAUAUUUAUGGGGCCAGAUCAUCCGCUGAAUAGAUCGCAAAAGAUCAGAGGAGCAAUUCAGAAUAAUCAAUACGCUGAAUUUCUUGCGGUGAAAACGGGUCUGGAGAAUUUGCGCAACUGGAAUGGCUAUCGUAAAAAUGAACCAGUUAUUGUGAGAACCGAUAAUCUGAAUGUGAUCAAAGGAGUGAAGAAUCCCUAUUCUUCACAAUAUCCAGAAAUUGCUAGAGAUAUUCUCGAUCUUUGCCAAAAUUUCAAAAAAGUUGAAUUUCAACACGUCUAUGCGCAUGCCGGCGACCCAGGAAACGAAAUGGCAGAUAUUUUUGCGGGAAUGGCAACAUCGAAGACCAAUCUGAGUAGUAACUGGCAUAGAAGUAGUGUUUCGCGCGAGAGAAAUCGUCAAAGAUCAAAAUCCAAUGAUCCACAAAUUAUUCGAGAUUACAGUGUGUCAGUGGAAUCGAGACGUAGCCUUUGA